UUAGAAGAGAGAGAAGCAUGGAGGACGGAAGGGGCUUAUUAGUGUUUGUAAAAUAAUUAAACGAGAACAUAGGGAGGUGAAAUUUUGUGAAUAUAUUGCUGAUGGUGUUAUUUGACAUGUCUGAAAAUUUCAGAAUUUUUAGUUUUGUAUUUUACAAGUUAUGGAUGAAUAAUUGCUUUGAGUUAAUGAAGGCCGUUAGGGGUUGCGCGAGUGUUUAUAAAAUAGUUAAAAGAAAACUUAGAGAGAUGAAAUUUUGUGAGUUUAUUGUUGAUGGUUUUGUUUAA